GCUCUGUCGUCUCCUUUUCCCUCCUUAUAGAAAGAAGCCUCCCUUCUUGCCCUGUACUCCCCGGAAAAAUGCAGGUCCCGAAAAGGGUCGCCGUCCUUUUCCUGAUGCACGCCGCGAUCGUCGCGUCCUUCGGCUUCGCCGGCGCGCGGGCUGCUGAAGAAGGUGGGGGAGGAGGAGGUGGAGCGCCGGCGGGGUGUGUGGCGGCGGACCGGGUCGCUCUGCUGGGGUUCAAGGCCAAGAUCUUGAAGGACACUUCCGGGGACCUCGAUUCCUGGACGGGGACCAAUUGCUGCGAGGACUGGGAGGGCGUGCAGUGCGGCCCGUCGGGGCGGGUCACCGGGCUGACGCUGCCGGGCUCGGUCGAGGACAGCGGCGUCUACAUGAGGGGCACCCUGUCGCCUUCCCUGGGGGACCUGCAGUUCCUGGAGGUGCUGGCCAUCUCCGGGAUGAAGCACAUCACGGGGACGAUCCCCGACGCCCUCUUGAAGUCGACCCGCCUCGCGCAGCUCAUCCUCGACGACAAUGCUCUCGAUGGGGUCAUCCCUCCGGGCCUCGGGCAGUUGCCGUCGCUCAACGCGCUUUCGCUGAUGGGCAACCGGUUCCGGGGCCAGAUACCUCCGAGCUUGGGGAACCUCAGGAAUGUGGUUCAGCUGAAUUUGGCGAAGAAUUUCCUCGCCGGUCCGAUACCGCCCAUCUUUAGAAACUUGCAGAAAUUGCAGUUUCUUGAUCUCAGCUCCAACAUGUUAUCGGGACCGGUUCCGGAAUUUUCAGGGCCAUUUCCUAACUUUACCAAUCUCGACCUCUCCAACAACCGAUUGUCGGGCCAAAUACCGAUUUCAUUGCUUACUUUGCCGAGCCUUUCGAUGCUAUCCUUGAGCCACAAUCUGCUCACUGGGAAGAUCCCAGACCAGAUUGGCAAUCUGAAAUCCCUUGCACAGCUUCAGUUGGCUGGCAACAGAAUCUCGGGGCAAAUACCGGCUUCCUUUUCGAAAUUGACCAAGCUGUGGUCCCUCAACUUGUCCAGGAAUGAGCUGUCCAGCCCUUUACCUGAUUCCCUUAGCAAAGGAAUCCCGUCCCUGUCAACAGUCGAUCUUUCGUACAAUGAUCUCGCAUUCGGGUCCAUACCUGGUUGGAUCGUGAACAGACCAAUGUAUGAUGUCCGCCUCGCCGGCUGUAAACUCAGAGGAAACCUACCGGUCUUCACUCAACCAGAUUCCUUGAGCAACAUUGACCUAUCUGACAAUUACUUGACAGGUGGUAUCUCAAGCUUUCUGGCAAACAUUCCCAGCCUAAGUGAUGUUAAGCUGAGGAACAAUCAGCUCAGCUUUGACCUUUCGGGGAUCAAACUACCAGAUGGGCUACACUCUCUCGAUCUUCACUCGAACCGUCUAACGGGGUCACUCUUUGCAAUAUUAAGCAACAAGACAAGCAGCUCCCUGGAGACCAUCGAUGUUGCCAACAAUCAAUUAUCAGGCACUAUUCCCGAAUUUGGAGAGGGUUCGAGCUUGAAGGUGCUCAACAUCGGAAGCAACCAAAUCACCGGCCACAUCCCAGCUUCGAUCGCAAACCUGGUUGGACUUGAAAGAUUGGAUAUUUCGAGGAACCGGAUAAGCGGGACCAUCCCUCCAGGUUUGGGUCAAUUGGGCAGUCUCCAGUGGCUCGAUCUGUCUAUCAAUGCGCUCACUGGAAAAAUCCCUAGUAGCUUUGCAGGGUUGGGACUCGUUCACCAUGCAAAUUUCAGGGCGAACAGGCUAUGCGGAGAGAUACCCCAAGUGAGGCCUUUCAACAUCUUCCCGCCCGUGGCUUAUGCCCACAAUCUGUGCUUAUGUGGCAAGCCCUUGCCACCUUGUAGGAGAACCAGCGAAACGGGCCAGUAAGAUGCUGACCGAAUUUGUCUGAUUAGAUCGAUGCUCACACCAUGUGAGCAUAUAUAUCCAUAUAGGAUCAGUAGAGGGAAGAAGAUAGGUCGUUCUUAUCUGACUCUUCCAUUUUUUAAAUUGUUGUAACCACAGAAGUCGGCGAUCCAAUAAUUUCAUCCGUCUUCUACUUAGAACAUCUAUAAGAAAUAUCUAAUCUUAUAAAAA